CCGCUGUGUCUCGAUCCAUUUGAAGCGAAGAUGGCGGUCGUGGGCCGACUCACUCAAACCUUGCUGAGGUCUUCCUUGACGCAGACCCGUCGCCAGCUUUCUGCUGCCGCUGCCGGUCAUGGUGAGCAAGCAGCUAGGACAUGGAAGAUACUCACCUUUGUGGUUGCCCUGCCUGGCGUUGCGGUGUGCAUGUUAAACAUGUACCUGAAGGAGCAACAACACAGCCAUGAACAGCCAGAGUUCAUCCCUUAUUCGCACCUCCGCAUUCGGAGCAAGCGGUUCCCCUGGGGAGAUGGCAACAAAUCACUGUUCCACAAUCCCCAUGUGAAUGCCCUUCCUGACGGCUAUGAGGGUCACGAAGAGUAGACCCACUUUCCAGACCUCAUAACUGGUGUAGGGACCAGUUCUCCCUCAGUCGGUUUUUCUUUCCUGGACCACACACACACUCAUCUGCAGUUUACUUCACUUUUGUUUUUACCUCUGAACACGAGGGACCUGAGCCGACAGUUCUUUGCUCUGUAAUAUUGAGUAAUACGUUACCUUAAAUAACUGAAAUAAAGUAACUUACUUAACUUUA